GCGGCCGUCUCCAGGGUAACAGCGGCCGGGCCCGGCGCCGGUACCGGGAGCAGGCCCAGCGCCGGUACCGGGAGCAGGCCCGGCCCCCCAUGGCCGCUCCGGACGGGGAUGCCAUUGCCUGGUACCAGAAGAAGAUCGGGGCCUACGACCAGCAGAUAUGGGAGAAGUCGGUCGAGCACACCGAGAUGAAGGGGUUCAAAAGCAAGCCUAAGAAGAAGGGACACAUUCAGCCUGAUCUGAUCGACGUGGAUUUAAUCAGAGGCUCCACGUUUGCUAAAGCCAAGCCUGAAAUUCCCUGGACGUCACUGACUCGGAAGGGAAUCGUGAGAGUUGUGUUUUUCCCAUUAUUCAGCCAGUGGUGGAUCCAGGUCACUUCCCAGCGUAUUUUUAUGUGGCUUCUGGUGCUCUAUGUUAUGCAAGUCGUAGCAGUUGUGUUGUAUUUCAUGAUGCCUGUGGUGAACGCAAGUGAAGUCAUGGGACCAAUGUGCCUUAUGUUGCUGAUGGGAACUGUUCACUGUCAGAUAGUGUCUACCCAGAUCAAUCGACCUUCGGGAAGCAAUGGGCUCAGCAGGCGGAGGAGGAAGCUACGCAAAUCUGGGGGUGUCGAUGGGAACAGUUGGAAUUCUCCUGACAAAGCCAGGAAAGAAGAGCAGCCAGAGCCUGCGUCCAUUCUGAACAGUUUAGUUAGUGUGCUUUUCCGAAGGAGGAUUAGAAGAGUGAAGUCGGUAGCUGAGAAAGGGACUGAGACAGAGAAUGGUGUGAAUGGUAUGAAUAAUGGCAUUAAACACAGACCCACCAGAUCUGAAUACAGGCUGCUGCACUUCAAAGAGAAAAAGAAGCUUUCUGAUGGGGAAAAGAGCCAUCAGGAUGACUGCACCAACAGAGGUGGUGUUUCUGAUGAGCUUUCAAGCGAGGAGGAGGUUGAAGCAAUGGCACAACGGAUCUUGUUACGUCAGAAUCUAGCAGGGGCUUCCAGUGACAACAGCUGUGAGGAGAAGAAAGAGAGGCCUCUUGGUUCUCUGAACCAGGCUGUCUCACAGGUCGAGGAAGCCCUGGAAAAUACCAGAGACUCUGAUAGUGUCAUGGAAUCUGAACUAGAAUCCACAUUAUACAGUCAGGAUUUGAGCUCCUGCGUUCAUGUGGGAUCCCGGAGCUGCAGCGUGACCCGCAGGGACUCCGAAAGUACUCGCCAUGACUCGGAGACAGAAGACAUGCUCUGGGAUGAUCUGCUCCACGGGCCCGAGUGCCGCUCGUCCUGCACCAGUGACAGUGAGGAGAUCACUGUGAGGGAUUCCAGGCGGGAUGCCAAGGAAGAUGUUUUCCAGCAGAACCAUUUGUUUUGGCUGCAGAAUACAAGUCCAGCAUCUGCAAAAGUGAGUGCGCUAAUCUGGGAAGGGAAUGACUGCAAGAAGGUGGACAUGUCUGUGCUGGAGAUCAGUGGGAUUAUCAUGAGCAGGGUUAAUGCUUACCAGCAAGGAGUGGGCUAUCAAAUGCUGGGAAACAUCCUCACCAUCGGACUAGCGUUCCUACCGUUCCUCUACAGACUCUUCCGCACAGACAACCUUGAGCAGCUCUGCUCCAUUUCUCUAAAGGAGCUUCUGCACAUCUUCUGUGGAGCACCCGUGAGCACUCCUGUCAUUGUUUUGUCUGCAAUCAACUUCCUGGAAAGACUUUGCUUAACUUGGAUGUUCUUCUUCAUGAUGUGUGUUGCUGAGCGAACAUAUAAACAGAGGUUUUUGUUUGCCAAGCUUUUUAGUCACAUCACAUCCGCUCGGAAAGCCAGGAAAUACGAAAUCCCUCACUUCAGACUCAAGAAAGUAGAAAACAUUAAGAUCUGGUUAUCCCUUCGGUCCUACCUAAAGAGACGAGGCCCCCAGCGCUCCGUGGAUGUUGUUGUGUCCUCAAUCUUUUUACUGGCUCUUUCAAUCGCUUUUAUAUGCUGUGCCCAGGUUCUUAAGGGUCACAAAACAUUUCUGAAUGCAGCUUACAACUGGGAGUUCCUCAUCUGGGAGGCAGCACUUCUGCUCUUCUUACUGCGCCUGGCAUCGCUGGGCUCUGAAACCAAUAAGAAGUACAGCAACAUUUCCAUCUUGCUCACGGAGCAGAUAAACUUGUACCUAAAGAUGGAGAAGAAGCCAAACAAGAAAGAGCAGCUGUGUCUGGUAAACAACGUUUUGAAACUAUCCACAAAGCUACUGAAGGAGCUGGAUACUCCAUUCAGGCUCUAUGGGCUGACCAUGAACCCACUAAUUUACAACAUAACACGGGUUGUGAUACUCUCUGCUGUCUCAGGUGUUAUAAGUGAUCUUCUAGGAUUCAAUAUCAGAUUAUGGAAAAUUAAACCAUGAACUGACUGGACAUCAGCACUCGGCCGUCUCCACCUGACAGCCCUAACGCAGAAGAGAACCAAGAGCCUGGGUGAAUGCAGAGGUGUUCUCCAGCUGCAGGUUUUAAACAGGUUCUCAGCAUAUGUAUGCAGGCUCUCCCUCUGCUUUUGUGUUCUGCAACAGCCAGAAGGAACUGGUCACCAUGUGGCAUAUCCACACAGCAGAACAGUCAAUGGGGUCAGACAGGAGGAGCUGCACUGCAAAGAGAACUGGGUGCAGCCUACUUGGGGCACAGGCCACCAACAGCAGUGUGAGUGCCCCAAGCUCUGGCUGGAGGGGCAGUGAUGGGGCCACAGGUGCCUUGUCCUCUGCAUGUGAUGUGAAGAACCAGCCCUCUGCUUGGUGAGCACUGUCCUGGCGGAGAGCUCUGGAGCUACACUGAGAUUCAUCUAUUUGAGCAUCCUCCAGUGCUCUCCCAGACUGAUCAUGCCCAGGUGCAUUUACCUGACUGUGCUAAAGAGCAUUUCUUUCCUUCUAAGCUCGGUGUGCUUGAGGCCCUGCCUCUCCUGAACUGCAGCAGGCAGUGGAAUGUGGUCUGCACAAGGUGAAUUCUGCCUCUGUGCUGACAACCAAACAGUAACAGAUUCGUGCCUGGGUCUUCUGCAACUGAACAGAGCUCACUUUUUGCCAACCUUAGUUACAUGAGAACAAGGCUCCAGCACAAAUGACAGGUAAAGCCUUUUUCAAUGCAGGUUAUUCUGCUGCAUUCAGUCCCUGUCAUGUCUUGUUCUGGUGGUAAUGGGAGAAGCUGCUGCAGGUCUGUGCUGCAGUGGUGCACACAAGGGAAGAAAGCUGCAGGGAGGAUCAGUUCAGCAGGGGAGACACAGCCCAGGCUUCCUCCUCACGAGCAGGCUAAUGCUUGGGAAGGACACGGGGGAAACAGAACGUUUUCAAGGCAUCUCUUAAAGUCACAUUUCCCUUAGCUGGCUCUAAUCCCUUCUAUUUAUUACUAAUAAACCAAGCAAAAAAUGGA